AUGGCUGAUCUUAAACUGCAGUUUGAAAAGCUCUCGCUAGCCUUUAAUGGUCAACAGAACAAUUUGACGGAGUUGGCUGAGAGCCGGAGCCAGUUGGAGACCCAGUACCAGGAGAACAAGAUUGUUCUUGAAGAGUUUGAGUACUUGAACGAGAACUCCAAAAUCUACAAGUUGACCGGACCAGUUUUGAUGCCACAGGACUACGCUGAGGCCAAGAUGAAUGUCAGUAAGAGAAUCGAGUUCAUCCAGAGUGAAAUCAAGCGUGUGGAGGAGAAGAUCGAGAAUGAGCAGAAACUGAUGGAGGACACCCGCAACAAGUUGUUGGAGGUGAGAUCGAGCAUGAACUGA